GACUGUCUUUCUUGCCUCUUUCAUUAUGCAUUUAGGAGGAACUGUUAGAUUAAAUAAAAUAGGAGUUGCUGUGGUUUGUGGAAUUAUAAUAGUUAUGAUACUAUACAUGUCACCAAGAAGUGUUAGUCCUUUUGACUCAGCUUCUGCCAAAGUCAACCUGAGGAGACUUCUUCUAGUGUCAAUAGAAGCAGCCGAAAAAGGUGGUUGGGAAGUUAUCAAAGUGAUUAAUCAAGCCAAUUUAAAGGAAGAGAGUAAAGGGGAGACAAAAGAAGGAGUUAAAGUUCCUGUCACUAAUGCAGAUUAUAAAUCUCACUGUGUCAUGUAUUAUGGCAUUAAAAAUACUUUUCCUUCUGUGAAGGUGAUUAGUGAGGAGAAAAAAGGUGAAAAUGAAUGUCAGCAUUUGCCACCUAUGGAAAUCGACCAAUUAGAAAAAACCACAGGUAUUGAAAAUUUAGCUGAUUUUGAAGCAAAUUCUGAACAUGUAACAGUUUGGAUAGACCCUUUGGAUGCUACAAAAGAAUAUACAGAGGGCCUAUACCAAUAUGUAACUACAAUGGUGUGUGUUGCUUAUCAGGGAAAUCCUAUCAUUGGUGUUAUUCAUAAGCCAUUCGGACCUGAACCCAGAACAACAUGGGCCUGGAUUCAUAUUGGAAUGUCUAAGCACCUUAACCAUAAUAAGCCUAAGAGUGACAAGAAGGUGGUAAUGAUAUCCAAAUCUCAUGCCGGGAAGGUGAAGGAAUUAGUUCAGGAUGUAUUCGGGGAAGAUACAGGAAUCGUUCCUGCAGGAGGAGCAGGUUAUAAGGCACUGGAGGUAGCAACAGGAAACGCCACUGCCUACCUCCAUAAUACAGAGAUCAGUAAGUGGGAUGUAUGUGCUGGAGAUGUAAUCAUAUCGGCAUUGGAAGGUUCCUUUUCUACGUUAGAUGGAAAUGAUCUUGACUACUCAGCCUCCUCUGACCCUGUCAAUAAAGAUGGAAUAUUGGCGACUCUUGACAAAGCUGAUCAGUACAUACAAAAAUUAAAAGAGAUCCGGAAAACUUACUAGAAAAUUUGUGGUGAUGUUCUCCUCGAUUACUUAUCAUCAUUACCUGAUAAGGUAUCAGAUGGUAUGAUUAGUUCUCAAGUUGUGAUGGAUCGUUAGAUUUUUUUAGAUUAUUCAGUUGGGAAACUUAAAUAACUCUAGAGUUUUAAAACAAACUAUUUCUUGAUUCUAUUUGGGACCAUGACUUCUUUUAAUCCAUUUGGAG